AUGCUUGAUCUGGACACUUUUCAAUUAUCUACCUCUCCCUGGAGAAAAAUCUCUACUAAGCAACUGCACACUCUCAGAAACCACUAUCAAAUCAACCCAGUCAUUACUGAAAAAUUCAACAUGUGCACACAGACAGAAAACGUGGAAGAGUGCAGCCGAUGUGGCUACACAACUGCCAUUCUAGACCCGAUUGAGGACUGCGGUUUGAGAUCUCCGCAGUCGUUCGGCGGCCCAAAGAUGAACUGCUACGUCGGGAGAUGCUUCGGCGUGGCCUUCACUUCAUAUGUCGAUGCCGUUAUUUGCCAGACUUGUGUUGCGAAGGAGGAGCGGGACUGCAUCAGACGGAACAACAAGAAGGCUGCUCAGGUCUUUGAGAAGUGA